AUGAUGCGCUCCAAGCUUGACGACGUCACUCCUGGCGUCGCUGCGACACACCAGUUGUCGCCGCUCACCGCCCGCCAGCGCUACCUCACCGUCAACCGCAGCGGCAGCUCCUUCUGGUUUGUGCGCAAGGACGUGAUGCUGAAGAACGUGCAGGUGAGUCAGGACAGCACUCUCUGGGUGGACGUGGAGGGCGAGACGCCGGAGGAGCGCCGUGCCAUCCUGAACGCCCUUCCAUGGCGCGUGAACAUCCCGUCGGCGGUGCUGGAUGCCGUUGCGCGGCCGACGGAGAGUGACGUGGUGGAGCUACAGCCGAGCCUGGCGCAGUACGCUCACGGUGUGGUGAGCUGCGCCAUCAACCCGCUGUACAACACCGAUGAGACUGCCGCGGCUGACGAGGGCAACUUCAGCGGCGAAGCCUUCGACGCCUCUCGUGGCUUUGUCUGGUGCUCGGUGCUCAUCACGGACACGCUGAUCGUGACGAUGCACGACAAGAGGUUCCUCGGCCUGGAGGAGGUGGUGCGGGCCCUGGAACUGCGCGUGAAUCCGAUGGACACGACCAGCCUCGGGAGCAGCGUGCUCACGCCGAGCAUCGUCUUCGCCACACUGGUCGCGUACUCCAGCGAGAUGAUGCUGCCGGACCCGACGACGCUGCUGAGUGAGGUGGACUGCAUCGACGAGAUGGUGCUCCUCAUCGCGCCGGGCGUGCGUGACCAGCCGGACCUGCUGCGACGUAUCGCCCUGCUGCGCCGCCGCAUCUCGUCCUUCCGUGGCCUGCUCUACAUGAAGGAGAAGCUGCUGCGCGAGUUGGUGACGCCCUCCAUGCGCGGCAGCUUCGUCGCGUGUGACAUGGUGCACGUCAUGCCCAUCUACAAGGAGGCGCUGGACAAGAACACGCAGAUGGCGGACCGCCUCGACGACGCGCGUGACAUCUUGAACCAGGCGAACCUGAACUUCGUGACGGGUGUGUCGAUGCGCAUGUCUCAGAGCUCGGCGAGCAUGGACUUCAAGAUGCAGAUCCUCAGCCAGGUCGCCGUCAUCUGCCUGCCGCUAAAUCUCCUGGCCUCCAUCUUCGGCAUGAACUGCGAGGUGGCAUGGCAGGGCGACAAGUAUCCCGACCUGAGAGCCUUCUGGGGCAUUGUCGCUCUGAUGGUGGCGUGGGUGCUGGUUUGCAGCAUCCCGACGAUCCGCCAUAUCCUGCGCGGCAACGCCGCCAAGGCUAUUGUCCCGACGGACAGCUAA